CCCUCCGGGUGCUGGCUACAUGUGCCGUUAGGGUGGGAAUUGGAAGUGAGCGGGGGGAGGAGGGGCUGAUCUGGCAGUAAUUACCCUAGUUACUACCGCCUCCCCCGCGCCCUGCCCGCAACUCCUACCUUUCCGGGCCAUUCCCCGGGAGGAAGCUUUUGUCUCCCAACCUCGGAGCCAAACUAGUGCCCAGUGUUGCAUAAAGGCCGAGGAAAACCGUGGAAACAGGAUUUGUGAUAUACAGGGCAGAAUGCUUAAAUUUAGUAUUGUGACUUGGGCAAAUCUGGAUAAGCUCUAAGGGGAAUCCAGAUUCAUGCAGAAUCAUGGCAAGAGCCAUGGCUCCGUGGUAUCGCAGGUGAUGAGCGUUUACACUCCUUCCUCCCAUUUUCUGGGAUCCUGCAUUUUACAGCCGCAGUGCUUGGAGUCAUGGCCGUGCCUUUUGUGGAAGACUGGGACUUGGUGCAAACUUUGGGAGAAGGUGCCUAUGGAGAGGUUCAGCUUGCUGUGAAUAGAAUAACUGAAGAAGCUGUUGCAGUGAAAAUUGUAGACAUGAAGCGGGCCAUAGACUGUCCAGAAAAUAUUAAGAAAGAGAUCUGCAUCAAUAAAAUGCUAAAUCAUGAGAACGUAGUAAAAUUCUAUGGCCACAGGAGGGAAGGCAAUAUCCAGUAUCUGUUCCUAGAGUACUGUAGUGGAGGAGAACUUUUUGAUAGAAUAGAGCCAGACAUAGGCAUGCCGGAACAAGAUGCUCAGAGGUUUUUCCAUCAACUCAUGGCAGGGGUGGUUUAUCUGCAUGGAAUUGGAAUAACUCACAGAGAUAUUAAACCAGAAAACCUUCUCUUGGAUGAAAGGGAUAACCUCAAAAUCUCUGACUUUGGCUUGGCAACAGUGUUCCGGCAUAAUAAUCGUGAACGUUUACUAAACAAGAUGUGUGGGACUUUACCUUAUGUUGCUCCAGAGCUUCUAAAGAGAAAAGAAUUUCAUGCAGAACCAGUUGAUAUUUGGUCCUGUGGAAUAGUACUUAUUGCAAUGUUGGCUGGAGAAUUGCCGUGGGACCAGCCCAGUGACAGCUGUCAGGAAUAUUCUGAUUGGAAAGAGAAAAAAACGUAUCUCAAUCCUUGGAAAAAAAUUGAUUCUGCUCCUCUGGCUUUGCUUCAUAAAAUUCUGGUUGAGAAUCCAUCAGCACGAAUUACCAUCCCAGACAUUAAAAAAGAUAGAUGGUACAACAAACCACUUAACAGAGGAGCAAAGAGGCCCCGUGCCACUUCAGGUGGUAUUUCAGAGUCUCCUAGUGGAUUCUCCAAGCACAUUCAUUCCAACUUGGACUUUUCUCCAGUAAACAACAGCUCUAGUGAAGAAAACGUGAAGUACUCUAGUUCCCAGCCAGAGCCGCGGACAGGGCUUUCCUUGUGGGAUACUGGUUCCUCAUAUGUUGACAAACUGGUACAAGGCAUCAGCUUUUCACAGCCUACGUGUCCUGAUCAUAUGCUUGUAAACAGUCAGUUACUUGGUACCCCUGGAUCUUCACAGAACCCCUGGCAGCGCUUGGUCAAAAGAAUGACACGAUUCUUUACCAAAUUGGACGCAGAAAAAUCUUACCAAUGCCUGAAAGAGACCUUCGAGAAGUUGGGCUAUCAGUGGAAGAAGAGCUGUACAAAUCAGGGUGAUGGAUUAGAGUUCAAGAGACACUUCCUGAAGAUUAAAGGGAAGCUCAGUGAUGUUGUAAGCAGCCAGAAGGUUUGGUUUCCUGUUACAUGAUGAAGCUGUCAGCCCUGCAGAUUCCUGGUGAAUAUUGUGCUGCUAUGUUGACAUUAUUCUUCCUAGAGAAGAUUAUCAUUCUGCAAACUGCAAACAAUGGUUUUUUGAAGAGUUAUCUUCAUUCAUAAACAUCUUCCAAUUCUUAGUAUGUUUUGCAUACAAAUAAUACUGUAUCUUAAUUGUAAUACUUUGGGGAAAGGAUGGAUCAAAUUCAUUAGGGGUUUCUCCAACUGUGUUUAAAUUGCUUGAAUUUGAAACCUGUCUGGCAGAAACCAGGUUUUGGGAUAUGAGUUUGCCAGCUUUUAUACUAAUGUAGUAUCACUUUUGAAAAACAAACAAAAGCGAACCACUUUUUUUAUCCCAGGCAAGCAUAUUUCUUCUCUGCCUAUUUAAUUGUGUAAGUAUGAAUAAACAAAGACCAUGUAAAGUUGAUUGGUCCAUGAAUGAGGCCUGCCACAAAAAGUGAAUCCUAACAUAUGUACUAUAGUUUCAGUUUGGGUACAUGUGCUGCACAAGGGCUUGACCAAUUAUAUAAAACUGUUUGACUCAUGAUGAUUAAGAAAGCAAGUUUUUCCCCCCAUGGUGUGUCAGUCAGAUAUAAAGGCUGUUUUGGUUGUUCUUCCAUGAGGUUGAACAUAAACUUGAGUGACUGUGCUCUAAAAAUUACACACUUAAAUAAUUCUUUCUACACCCACAGCUAUGGUUCAACUACUCCAGAAAUAAAUUCUAUUUUCAAAAUCAGUAUCUAAUUCAUUGAACUUAUUGGCCACCAAGUUUCUAGACGGCACUGGCUAAACAGGGGGCGGGGGAGUAAGAAAACACAGGAGUAGGCCUGAUUCUUGUUCCUUGUCUUUUAGACUCACUAAAACUUUGUUUUGUUCAUAAAAUUUAUAUUAAAAUGUGAAUGUAUAUGA